CCAUAUUCCCCUGUAUCUCAUAUGAUGGUUGAGUCCAGCGCCUUCCUCUAGAUGCAGACUGCCUCACCGCUCCAUUCUAUCGCUACUGUUUGGACCGAGGGAAUCAGUUUUGGUCCCAACACCAGUGUCUCGUCUCUGCAUUGGACAUUAUCGGUGAUAUGAGAGCUAAUAUAGACAAAUCCGUGUGCCAUAGGCGUCAGAUGUUCUUGCCAAAGCUGGAUCUCUAUGCAUUACUGUGAUCGGAGAAAAUAAACCGCAAGACACCGUGGCGCUGUGUGGAAUUACAGCGGACACGAUGGGCACACUGAAGCAGAUCCUGCUGCUUUUCGCAGGUUUUGUUGCCGCAGCUCACGGUCAGACUUGUGGCGGCUUGGUACAAGGUCUCAAUGGGACUAUAGAGAGUCCUGGCUUUCCCCAUGGCUACCCCAACUAUGCCAACUGUACGUGGAUCAUAGUCACUGGAGAGCGGAACAGGAUACAGUUGUCAUUUCACACCUUCGCUCUGGAGGAGGACUUUGACAUUGUCUCCAUCUAUGAUGGACAACCACAGCCGGGCAACCUGAAGCUGAGGUUGUCUGGCUUCAUGUUGCCAUCGCCCAUCGUAAGUACGGGGUCGAUUUUGGCACUGUGGUUUACUACAGACUUUGCAGUCAGUGCCCAAGGAUUUAAAGCAAUCUAUGAAGUUCUACCAAGUCACACUUGUGGAAAUCCAGGGUUGAUACCAAGAGGGGUUAUCCAUGGGACCAGGUACAACAUCGGUGACAAGAUACGCUACAGUUGUGUAAUGGGAUAUGUUUUGGAGGGGCAUGCAGUGCUCACGUGCAUAGUGAGCCCAGGAAGUGGUGCAUCAUGGGAUUUCCCUGCACCUUUUUGUAGAGCUGAAGGAUCAUGUGGCGGGACGUUAAGAGGAACAACGGGGACAAUAUCAAGUCCCCACUUUCCUUCAGAGUAUGAGAACAAUGCUGACUGCACGUGGAGUAUUCUGGCUGAGCCGGGAGACACUAUUGCCUUGGUCUUCACAGACUUCCAACUAGAAGAUAGAUAUGACUUUCUAGAGAUCAGUGGCACAGAAGCACCAUCGAUAUGGUGAGUAAACUGGCCUCUGUUACUACUUUUACAUUGCAAUCUGUUCUCAUCUCAGACCUAUGUUGAGCAACAACACAAUAGGAUCCCUUUCAUGGAAUUAGAGCUGAAUUACUCUUUUUGUAUCCUUAUUCAGGCAGGAUUUAUUUGGUAAAUUACUUUUGAACAGUGGUUGUUUACAGAGAACAUCUGUGAUUUAAAACAAGUACAGGACUGGGAUCUAUGUAGUUAUUACAAAGGUGAGACUGUCCAUUGUAUGGAUGUGCAUUUACAGAAAAUCAUGUGCUCUUUGUGUGUGUCAGGAUUAUGGACCUGUUUUGUUGUGUUUUCCCUCCCCAUGUGCUCUAUGACCCAGUUUCUCCAAUGUUUGAUUGUGUUCAUGUCAUCCAGGUGUGUCUUGUAAUUACCCCCAUUACCCUAUGUAUUUAAGUUUAUCUACUUGGUGAAGAAUGCAUGUCUCCUGUUUAUUAAAGAUUAUUAUCCUGAAUCUCCUUCGUCUCUGCAUUCCAUGCACCUCACAGUACACAACAAUACAGAACACCUGACAAAAAAUUGUAAACGUGCGUUCCCUCUCCAUUUUGUUCUUGUUCUUGCUCCAUCACUUUUCUUGAUCAUGGCAUAUUGCCAUUGACCUGUUGACCACCCAGACACCAUUGGACUGAACUAGAGAGAGGUGAUCAUCCAGUUUCUGGAGAGAAUCCACCCCAGAUCCAGAGUACAGCCAUUCCCAGAGCCCACCCCUCAUUAUCCCGCAGCAAGGAGCACAAUCCUGAGCCCACCGAUGACAGAGAGCCUGAGCCCAUUGCUACCACAAGCCAUUGCCACACGGAGUGACAGACUUACCAGUCUGAACUGAAAAUUGUCUGCCAGCCCUGUCGUUACCCUGUCUGAUAUGCUUCCAGUGUUGGGAGUUGCGAUUUGGUGUGUGUUGGCAGCGCACACCUGCCCUGAGAACCCUGGGGCUCUAGAUGUGCCUUAUCCGUCCGACACUGUCAGACUCCUCCUAUGUCGCUCCAGCUCCACCACGGCCUUCUAGGUCCCCACCUCCGCCUCAGUUGACUGAGCCAUCUGCUCGGCCUUGGCCCUCCAGAUCCCCACCAAAGUCCUGACUCAUCGGCUCUCCCUCUCAGCCUUGGGCUCCUCCACCUGCUCCGCCACCAUUGGUCAGCCCCGUGGAGUCGUCAGUCCUUCCUCUACCAUGGCUACUCUGUCCGUUGUCUCCACGCCUUCACGGCUGUGGCCUUUGAUCCUGCCUGGCUUUGCCUGUUCCAAAUCCCUCCUGUCUCCUUCCUGGUUCCUCACUCCAUCUGGUCUGCCCUGGCUCCUCCUGUCUCCUCAGGUGUGUCUUGUAUUCACCCUCAUUACCCCAUGUAUUUAAGUCCCAGUCUGUGUGUUCUGUCUUUGUCUGGUCUACUUGAUGUAUGUGUGUCUCCUGAAAGCCUGUGUAUCCCCAUCAAAGUUUAUUAAAUACUUUUAUCCUGAAUCUCCUUCAUCUCCGCGUUCCUUGCUCCUCACAGUAUGCAACUGUGACAUUGUGAGAAUCACAGACCUUUUUUGGGGGGAUGGGGGCGGCAUCGAACAUGUGAAUUUGCUUUAUUUGAAGCACAAG